GAGACAGACAGAGAAACAUUCUGUUUAUGCUCUUGGUACCAGUCUCACCUGGUGUCCCUGCAUCCUGCGCUCUGCUGUCCAUUGGUGAAGGCAACCAAGCAUCAUUUUUGUUUAAAAAAAAAAAAAUUCCCAUAUAGUUUUCUUUUCUUUCCUUUCCCCCAAAAUUUCUACCCUCUGCUUAAAAAUACUUCAAUUGCCACAUUGCUGAGUCUGUGUGCGGAAGGGAUGGCGGAUGGCAAGUCCGUGUGCGUCUCCGUCGACGAGGUGGUCUCCAACGGUACGGCGGCCCGGCAGGUCCCCCUCUUCCAGGGGCACCUGAAGAAAGUGGAGAACAAGGUGAUGGACCCACACCGCUUCUCCUACCUGCCCAAGAGACUGGCCGUGUCCAUCGAGUUCCAGGACCUGUCCUACUCCGUCUCCGAGGGCCCCUGGUGGAAGAAGAAAGGUUACAAGACUCUGCUGAAGGGCAUCUCGGGCAGGUUUAGCAGCGGAGAGCUCAUUGCCAUCAUGGGUCCCUCGGGAGCCGGCAAAUCAACGCUGAUGAAUAUUCUGGCUGGCUACAGAGAGACGGGAAUGAAAGGCCAGAUCUUGAUCAAUGGGCGUCCUCGCGAGCUCCGAUCCUUCCGCAAGGUCUCCUGCUACAUCAUGCAAGAUGACAUGUUGCUCCCCCACCUUACCGUCCAAGAGGCCAUGAUGGUGUCGGCAAACCUGAAGCUCCAGGAGAAAGAUGAAGGCCGGAGGGAAAUGGUGAAGGAGAUUCUCACCGCUCUGGGACUGCUGGAGUGUGCGAACGUCCGCACGGGAAGCCUGUCUGGAGGCCAACGCAAGCGUCUGGCCAUUGCCCUCGAGCUGGUGAACAACCCCCCCGUCAUGUUUUUCGACGAGCCGACCAGUGGGCUGGACAGUUCCUCAUGUUACCAGGUUCUGUCACAGAUGAAGUCCCUGGCACAAGGUGGACGGACCGUGAUCUGCACCAUCCACCAACCCAGCGCCAAGCUGUUCGAGCUGUUCGACAAGCUGUAUGUCCUGAGCCAGGGACAGUGCAUUUACCGUGGAAACGUCUGCAGCCUGGUCCCUUAUCUCAAGGAGAUUGGUCUACACUGUCCCACCUACCACAAUCCUGCUGACUUCAUGAUGGAGAUCGCGUCCGGGGAGCACGGGGAGCAGAACCCCAGGCUGGUGACAGCGGUGCAGGAAGGAAAGUGCGACGCCGACUGCAAGGACCGAGCGAGCGAGGACAAGGAUCUGAGUCCCAUGCCCUGGCACCGACCGUCCAUCGAGGACCCGUCGCCGUCGGAAGGCUGCCACAGCUUCUCGGCCAGCUGCCUGACCCAAUUCUGCAUUCUCUUCAAAAGGACCUUCCUCAGCAUCAUGAGAGACUCGGUGCUGACUCACCUGCGCAUCAUCUCACACCUUGGCAUCGGCCUGUUGAUCGGUCUCCUCUACCUGGGCAUCGGCAACGAGGCCAAGAAAGUGCUGAGCAACUCAGGAUUCCUCUUCUUCUCCAUGCUCUUCCUGAUGUUCGCUGCCCUCAUGCCCACUGUCCUCACCUUUCCGCUGGAGAUGGGAGUGUUUCUGCGGGAACACCUGAACUACUGGUACAGCCUGAAGGCCUACUACAUGGCAAAGACAAUGGCCGACAUUCCCUUCCAGGUGAUGUUCCCCGUGGCGUACUGCAGCAUCGUCUACUGGAUGACCGCUCAGCCCUGUGACGCUCUCCGAUUCAUUCUCUUUGCGGCCCUGGGCACAAUGACAUCCCUCGUGGCCCAGUCCCUGGGCCUCCUGAUAGGGGCAGCCUCCACAUCUCUUCAGGUGGCCACGUUUGUGGGACCGGUGACGGCCAUCCCAGUGUUACUCUUCUCUGGAUUCUUUGUCAGUUUUGACACCAUCCCCAAAUACCUUCAGUGGAUGUCCUACAUGUCGUAUGUCAGGUACGGUUUUGAAGGCGUCAUCCUGUCCAUCUACGGGCUGGACCGCGAGGACCUCCACUGCGAGGAGGACGCCACCUGUCACUUCCAGAAGUCGAAGGCCAUUUUGAAAGAGCUCGACGUGGAGCACGCCAAACUUUACCUCGAUUUUAUCGUCCUCGGCAUCUUCUUCGUCUCCCUCCGCAUCAUCGCCUACUUCGUUCUGAGGUACAAGAUCCGAGCCGAGAGGUAAUAAAACAAAGAAGAAAAAAAUCGUCCGUCCGACUUCACGGGCAGAAAACAGGCGAAUCCGCUUGGCUCACUGCCGUGACUGUUGACCUCAGGACUGAACUUUGCCCUCAGGAUCAAAUGGUGCAAAAAAACAAAAAAAAAACUUGAGUGUGGGACUUGGCUACUUGUUCACCCUCCGCCAUCACCCACAAGACAUCAUCACCCUGCUGGAAGACAACCCCUUCCCCAAAUGUUUUCACGUGCCAAAUAUUAUCGUCUCAAGACGGGCUCCGCCAAUGCUCUCCUCCGUUUCGUUCAGGCCAUCCAACUUCCUGGGGUGAUAUCGCCAUGUUAAACGGCAGACCAUCUUGUCCCUACUGCUGUAUAGUCAGGGGAAGUUUAGUAUUCAUGGGAACAGUCGCUGGUGGGGGGGUCAGAUAAGGUGGGUGGAGAGCAGGAAAA